GUUUUUUUGAAUAAGAUUCAUUUUUGGUUUCGUUAAUUGGUUUACUUGAAAUAAUUGUUAUCGGAUCAAAAUACAUUAAUUUUUUUAAUUUAUUCGAACAAUAUUUAGACCUGACAUUCAAAUCUGCAUUGUACGGGCUAUCUGACAUAGGAAAUACGAUUUUUAUUUAAAUAUCCGAGAUCUCGUAAGGAGCAUAAAUACUGUUUAUUUUUUUUAUAAAAUUGAAAGUUUAAGUCACCUACAAUUUAGAAUAAUUCACUCAAAAAAACCGUGAACAAAAUUGUAAAAGUUAUAGUAAAUUGAUAACAGCAUUAGAUAAGAAACACGUAAAAAAACUGGUCGCAAGUAAAAUUUUUCCAGUCACAGCAAAGCUAGAGCCUGAACAUGAUGGUUGAGAAUGAUAUUUAUCAACGAUAUGCUGUAAAUGGAUCAUUGUUUCAAUUUUCUGAAUAAGGCGGGAAUCGAACCCCGAUCUUUGUAGUAAAGGACAAAGCUUCUACCCACAGGGCUACUGUAGCAAAUGUCGUUAGCGGUACUGUUGAUCAUACACAAACGCCUCUAGUAUCUAAGAAUUCAACUACGAAUCGGUAGAGUCGAAGGAAUACAUAUACGAAUGAAUAUUAUACGAAAAUUUUGUUUUUUUGUGUGAUGCAAUAAUACGGGCUGUUACAACCCUAAGGAAAGUACUGUGGAGUAUAAAUUUUAUUUGUGCACAAGUCUUGGAAAAAAGAGUCAAGAUGUCAACCCUAAAAUGCACGUCGUGCGGUAGCACAGAUAUUGAAACAGGAGCCCACACUGUUUGUACGGGAUGUGGUGUGGUCCUGGAGGACCAAGUCAUUGUUAACGAAAUGACAUUUGACGAGAGUCCAUCGGGGCACAUCAUGGCUAGUGGCACAUUUGUAUCAAGUGAUAGUACUGGUGCUGCUAGUAGUUUCAAUGCAGGGCUAAUGAUGGGUGGAAAAGAAUCCAAAGAAAUAACUUUACUAAACGCAAAAAGAGGAAUCACACGAAUUUGUCAAAAAUUACAGCUACAACCGAGUAUUAUUGAUUCAGCAGUCAACUAUUACAGAAUGGUUCUACAAAAAAACUUGACAAGGGGAAGGAAGCAACAAAUCAAUCAUGCUGCGUGUAUUUAUAUAGCAUUAAGACAUGAAAAAUCAGAGUUGUUGCUGAUUGACCUUAGUGAUGUUGUGGGGGUCUGCGUUCAUGAAUUAGGAAGAACAUAUAUGAAGUUCGCAAAAGAAUUAUGUCAAAAUCUGCCAUCAAUGGAUCCUCUUUUUUUUAUCUAUCGAUUUUCUGGACAAUUAGAAUUGGGAACAGAACGAGACAAGGUAUCAGAGACUGCAAUGCGCAUAGUGAGAAGAAUGAAACAGGAUUUUAUCCACACCGGUCGUAGGCCAUCUGGUCUUUGCGGAGCCGCUUUAUUAAUGGCUGCCAGAUUGCACGAAUUUAACCGAACUCCAAGUGAUAUUGUUAAAAUCGUCAAGAUUCAUGAAUCGACCCUUCGUAAAAGAUUACUCGAAUUCGGUGAAACUGAUUCGGGCGAUUUGACUUUGGAACAAUUCAUGACAAUUAACGUAGAAUCAGAAGCGGAUCCGCCAUCAUUUAAAGCAUCAAGAAAAAAGGACAGAGAGCGAUUGCAAAAGCUAAAUGUAGAGGAUAUGAAUCAGGAACUUUCAGGACUUCAAGCCGAAAUUGAUCGAGAGCUGGAAAAAUCGAAAAAAAUCAAAUCUCGAAAACAUUCCUUAUCGAUAGAAGAAUCGGCAGAUCUAUUUGUGAAAGAACAAAAUUUAAACGUACUUGGAGAAAUAGUCAUAAACGAUAUCGAUGAAUCUGUCGAAGGGAUUAGUGAACAGCCGGAAAAAGUACUAGAAACUGGCCUCGGCCCCGAUAUCGCUGCAAUGGGUUUAGACAGACCAUUUUACACAGAUGAGGCAAACAAAGAUUCAGAGAAAUGUCCAUUUGAAGAAAUGGAAGAAGGAGAAAUUGAUAUAACAGACAUCGAUGAUGCAGAAUUAGAUAACUACAUAAUGUCAGAAAAAGAAGCUGAAUUCAAAAGUUCACUGUGGCAUAGAGUAAAUGAAAAAUAUUUAAAAGAACAGCAAGAAAAAGAAGAGCAACGUCAAAGAGAUAUUGAAGAAGGUAAACCAGAAAAGAAAAGAAGAAGAACUACUAAAAAAAAGAAAAAUCAAACUACGGCUAACAGUGCUGGUGAAGCCAUAGAAAAAAUGUUAUUCGAAAAAAAAAUUUCAACAAAAAUUAACUAUGAAGUAUUAAAAAAUCUAAAUAGCGAAGUUAAUGCAUUCAUUGAUAAAAAUCAAACAGUUGAAGAUGUUGAAUUUGUCGCACCAGAGGCGAAUAUGUCUCCGAAAAAAGGAACUCCAAAAAUAAUUGACAAUAAGAUAGUUUCAAGUAUUAAAAUUCCUUCGAGAAAACGUAAAGCAUCCUCAUCAUCAGACGAAUGUACUCCUGUUACUUUCUGUAAUGGAAUGCCUUCACCAGGAACACCGGAGAAAGAAAUCGUUGAAGAAGACGAAGAUGGUGAUUAUUUGGAUGAUGAAGCCGAAGAAGAGGCAGAUGGCGAAGAUGGCGAAGAAAUAGGCAUCGGUCACCUUCUUCGACAGAAUGAUGAAGGAGACGAUGAUAAUGAUUACGAUGAUGGAUCUGAUUAUGGAGAGGAGUAUGAUUAGUGUAUUUAUUCGUUAUAAUGAACAAACCUAAACUAAGAAUCUAUAUGUUUUAUUACAAAAAUUUUGAUAUCUGCAACGUAAAUAUUGUAGUUAAAUUUUGUUGAUUGGUACUUAAAAGACUGAUUUUGUAACUACGAGAAGUUUCAAAACUUUAAUAUUAAGAGCAUUAUUCACGGGAAAUUUAUUUUUAAUAUUGACUGUUUAUAAGUUAUAUCAUUAUAAAGUUAAUACCAAAUUUGUAAUUCCUGUGUAUUCAUCACAUUGUAAUUAGAUUUUAUUUUUAUCUUCGCAUUCAGUGCUAUGAAUGCAUUUCCAGUUAUGCGCAGUCACUAAUUAGUUAUGUUGUCAUUGAUAAUGUUAUCAAUAUAAAGUUGAAAAUAAUGAAAUAAAAUUCUUUCGAAAAAAA